UGCUGGGUCUCACCAUGUGAUGCCCCCUGCCAUGUUACAGUGCAGCAAGAAGACCCUCACCAGAUGCUGGCACCUUGCUCCUGAGCUUUCCAGACUUCAGAACUGACUCUCCACCGCAAGAUAGUAUGGCCCUGACCUCGAAUUUGAAGAAACAGUCACAACUGAAAGAGGUGGCAGGGAUCCCCCUGCAGAGUACCACUGUAGACAACUGGAGCCAGAUCCAGAACUUUGAGGAACCGGACGAUCUUCUCAUCUGUACUUACCCUAAAGCAGGGACAACGUGGAUUCAGAAAAUUGUGGACAUGAUUGAACAGGAUGCAGAUGUGGAGAAGUGCCAGCGAGCCAUCAUCCAACACCGCCACCCUUUCAUUGAGUGGGCUCGGCCUCCCCAGCCCUCCGGUGUGGAAAAAGCCAAUGUGAUGCCUGCUCCACGGAUACUAAGGACUCACCUUCCUACUCAGUUGUUGCCAUCAUCGUUCUGGGAAAACAACUGCAAGUUCCUUUAUGUAGCUUGAAAUGCCAAAGACUGUAUGGUUUCCUACUACCAUUUCCAAAGGAUGAAUCAAGUGCUACCUGACCCUGGAACCUGGGAAGAGUAUUUUGAAACCUUCAUUGAUGGAAAAGUGGGUUGGGGCUCCUGGUUUGACCAUGUGAAAGGAUGGUGGCAGAAGAAAGACACACAUCAGGUUCUCUUCCUCUUCUACGAGGACAUAAAGAAGGACCCAAAACAUGAGAUUCAGAAAGUGGCACAGUUCAUGGUAAAGAGCUUGGAUGAAACGGUGCUGGAUAAAAUUGUCCAAGAGACAUCAUUUGAGAAAAUGAAGGAGAAUCCCAUGACAAAUCGUUCUACAGUUCCCAAAUCCAUCCUGGACCAGUCCAUUUCCCCCUUCAUGAGAAAAGGAACUGUGGGGGAUUGGAAAAACCACUUCACUGUGGCCCAGAAUGAAAAGUUUGAUGAAAUAUAUAGGGAGAAGAUGAAAGGAGUCACUAUAAACUUCUGCAUGGAACUCUGAGGAGGUAGUAAAUAAAAAGUUGGAAGACAAGAACACAAACGCUGUCUUCAAUCCUCAGCCACAGCCAGAUGCAUCUCUGAAAGCACAUUGGAAAUGUUUAUGAUUGUGGUACAAACCAUCUCUGUAAUUAUGAACCAUAUGUCACAGCUUUGCAAAAAGGAUCAUGUCUAAUGCCUAUUUUCUCCUCUAUUUUUUCCAAACUAAGAAUAAGACAUCUUAAUAAACUAGGUAAAAAUAUAA